AUGGCGGGACUAGAGGCCCAGGAAAUGCCCGGCGGAAGUGGGUUACUUAAUCUGGAGGCUGGAGAAGACCACGAGAAGCUGGUGAAAGUGUGGAUUGAGGAAUGCUGCUUUCAAGUCGAACGGACGACGUUGGCAAAGUACAGCGACUACUUCAAGGCUCUUUUUGAGUCCGGAAUGAUCGAGAGCCACCAGGAAGAGGUUUGUCUAAAAGGUGGAGUGAGGCCUCGUGGUUUUCUCAUCGCCCUCGCAGUGUGCCGGGGUGAACUCCCGACUCUCAGCGAUCCGGAGGAGCUCAUAGACGCGAUCGAAUGCGCCGCUUUCCUGCAAGUGCCGAUGCUAGCGCGACAUCUCUGCGACAUCAUCGAUUCCGACAACUGCCUGCUGCUCUACUACACCUCCUACGUCUUCGGUUUGACUCCGGUUUCUCAUCGCGCUGCGCAGUUUCUCGCCGAUGCCUUCGAGGACCUGAAGGAGACGGCAGAGACGCAGCUUCCGGAGGAGUUGCUGGAGUAUUCCCGAACGCUAUCCCCGGCGAAGUACAUAGCAUUGGGCACGCACACGCCCUCGAUGGAGCUUUUGAACGACUCCUUCAGAGUGGUUUGUUACUUGGAUGAAAAUGAGCAGGAGUGGAAGCACCUAACCAGUUUACCCACUCUCUGCAGCACGUCUAUGGCAGGUGUGGCCGUGCUGGACAACCGGUUAUACAUCGUGGGUGGAGUUUACGGGUAUAAGAAAGACACGGUCGAUCGCAGUUUUUGCUACGACCCUCAGUCAGGACUAUGGACGGAUCUCGCUGGUCCGCAACAACCGCGGUACAACUUCACACUCCUGGGUCAUGAAGGAAGUCUGUACGCCAUCGGAGGAGAGCUGGAGAGUCGAAAUAUCGCCACCGCAGAAAGAUACAACGUCAAAACCGGUCUUUGGACUUUUACCCAAGCAGCGCCGAGGCCUGUGGGAUCUGCAGCAUGCGCGGUGACGAGACGAAGAAUGUUUGUUUGCUUCUGGAAAUCGCCGGACACAACAGAUAUCUACGAGUAUCUUCCAGCUCGAGACGAAUGGAAACUAACCACGGCGUUGAUAAAAAGGCAAAGUUACGGUCACUGCAUGGUGGCGCAUCGGGACAACUUGUACGUGAUGCGAAACGGACCCGGGGACGAUUUCCUGCGAUGUCUCAUGGACAGUUACAGCAUCACCACUGGACAAUGGACCGCCAUGACAGGUCUGUACAUCAACAGCAAGGGGGCGCUGUUCACCUCGAUGGUCAGAGGUGAUUCGGUGUUUACGGUCAAACACAUGCUGACUCUUGAGUAUAAAAUAACCGCGGAAGACUUCCUGAGACGGUGA